AUGUCGGGACUUCUCUCGUACAACCUUCUUCUGAUGUGCCUGAACGACAAGCAUCAGAAACCGGUCUUGGAGAUACUCUCCUUCUUUUGGAUGUGCCAUAACGACCAACAUCUACAUGACUUUAGUCCAAUCCUCUUCCUGGGUGCGCCUGAACGACUAGCAUCCAAGUCCGUGGCAGAUUCGACUGGCUGGGCACUACCGGAUCGAGGUGUACCAUCAAAGGCUAAAGAAUUAGCUUUUCGAGGGAUACCACUAUCGGGAAAGUACUCGGAACCAGAUGACUUUAGUCCAAUCUUUCCUUUGGAUGCGCCAGACCGACCAGUAUCCAAUUCCGGCGACUCUCGUGCCUCUCCCUCUCCAGAUGUGUCUGAACGACAAACAUCUGAAGACGGAACUGCAGCUGAGCUGCCAAUUUUGGAGGUGCCUGAACGACUAACAUCCAAGUCCGGACCUUUAACAGAUGGGGGAACCGCUCCUGGACCCAUGCUAUCCCCUAGUGGCUGA